CAUCACGUCGACGUUAGGGUUUCUGUUUCGCCAUGUUGGUUUCAUAAUUUACAGGGAGGAUUAGCUAGUCAGCUAAGAAAUAGUGAAGAAGGGCAAUAAAAUGAUAAAGGAAAUGGUUUGAAAUCAGCGACGGUUAUCAUUGUAGGUUGACCGUUUUGGGGACACGAAGCGAACAUGUUGGCACGUCUAUUCAGGCUCCAUGGGCUGCUGGUGGCCUCCCACCCAUGGGAGGUGAUAGUGGGCACCCUUGCUCUCACUGUCUGUCUCAUGUCCAUGAGCAACCUGGCAACUAGCAGCCAGAUGUGCACCUGGAAUGAGUGUCCCAAAGUCGAGGAGAAAACACAGAACAGUGACAUAAUCAUCUUAACCAUCACUCGCUGUAUGGCCAUUGUUUACAUCUAUUUCCAGUUCAAGAAUCUCAGACAGCUGGGAUCCAAAUAUAUUCUGGGUAUUACAGGUUUAUUUACAGUAUUUUCCAGCUUUGUUUUCAGUACAGUUGUCAUCCACUUUUUUGGGAAGGAACUGACCGGCCUUAAUGAAGCGCUGCCGUUCUUCCUUCUGCUCAUCGAUCUGUCCAAAGCAUGUGCGUUAGCCAAGUUUGCCCUAAGUUCGAACUCACAGGAGGAAGUGCGAGAGAAUAUUUCCAAGGGCAUGUCUAUCCUGGGGCCUACCUUCACCCUUGAUGCUCUGGUGGAAUGUCUGGUCAUUGGGAUUGGCACAAUGUCAGGUGUGCCACAAUUAGAGAUCAUGUGUUGCUUUGGCUGUAUGUCUGUUCUGGCCAACUACGUUGUCUUCAUGACCUUCUUCCCAGCAUGUGUCUCUUUGGUACUUGAGCUGUCCAGGGAAAGUCGCGAGGGUCGUCCAGUCUGGCAGCUGAGCCAUUUUGCUCGUGUGCUGGCUGAAGAAGAGGACAACAAACCAAACCCUGUGACCCAGAGGGUAAAAAUCAUCAUGUCUCUGGGUCUAGCCCUGGUUCAUGCUCACACUCGACUUGCAGCGGAAAAUCCAGGUCAUAAUCGAACAAUUGAGGGGCCAAUUGCAAAGAGGCUGGAAUCUGAGGGGAACACAUGGCCUCUGAAACUUAGCAGUGUGGAGCAGGUGAUAACCCUCAGCCUCGCCCUGCUCCUGGCCGUCAAGUAUGUCUUCUUUGAGCAAACAGAGACGGAGUCUUCCCUGUCUCUCAAGAGUCCCAUAAUCACCUCCCCUCCAAAUCAGAAACCCUGGGGAGUUGAAGACUGCUGCAGGAGGGACCACCCUGCACAGAAACCCCAGAAGACCACGAGUGUUAGCUCAGCAAACAACAUGACAACUUCAUCUGCCUCAGAUUCCAAAGCUUCGCCUGAGUCCAAGACAUUGACCAAAGACAAAGAAGUAACUGCAACUCCAGAAGUCACCACUGAAAACAGGUCAUUCUAUGUCGGAGACUCUGUGUCUCCGACGCCUUCUGUCCCUGUGAGCGACUCCAGUUCAGAGUGUCGGACGAUAGAGGAGUGUAUGUCCAUCCUCUUGGAUCCACAGAGAGGCGCCCGCUUUCUCAGCAAUGCAGAGGUGGUAAAACUGGUGACCUUAGGCACUAUUCCCUCCUAUAAACUGGAGACGGUUCUUGACAAUCCAGAGAAGGGAGUGUCUAUCAGGAGGGAGAUGUUGUCACACAAACUGCCUGAGUCCUCGGCUCUGGUUCAUCUGCCGUACAAGGACUACGACUAUUCUAAGGUGCUGGGUACUUGCUGUGAGAAUGUCAUCGGGUACAUGCCAGUGCCAGUAGGAGUGGCUGGUCCUCUACUGUUGGAUGGGAAGCAGUUUCACGUUCCCAUGGCGACCACAGAGGGCUGCCUGGUCGCCAGCACAAACAGAGGAUGCAGGGCCAUUUUUCUGAGUGGGGGUUGCAGCAGCAGAAUUUUGGCUGACGGUAUGUCCCGCGGUCCCGUGGUGAGGCUGCCGUCAGCGUGCCGGGCUGCAGAGGUCAAAAUCUGGCUGGAGACCCCGGAGGGAUUUGGUGUGAUCAAAGGUGUCUUUGACAACACCAGCAGGUUCGCACGUCUGGAGAAGCUGCUGACCAGUAUAGCUGGGAGGAAUCUGUACAUUCGCUUGCAGGCUCAGACUGGUGAUGCCAUGGGCAUGAACAUGAUCUCAAAGGGCACUGAACAAGCUCUGCACCGACUCCAGCAACUGUUUCCAGACAUGGAGCUGCUGUCGGUCAGUGGAAACUUCUGCACUGACAAAAAAUCUGCUGCCAUUAACUGGAUCCUGGGCCGUGGUAAGACCGCAGUCUGUGAAGCUACCAUCUCUGGCAAAGUAGUCAACGAGCUGCUGAAGAGCACUACGGCAGCUCUGGUGGAGCUGAACAUCAAUAAGAACCUGGUGGGCUCGGCCAUGGCCGGCAGUAUAGGAGGCUUUAAUGCUCAGGCGGCCAACAUCGUAGCAGCCGUAUACAUCGCCUGUGGGCAGGAUCCCGCUCAGACGGUGGGGAGCUCCAACUGCAUCACUCAGAUGGAGCACACUGGCCCUGAUGGGAAGGACCUCUACAUCAGCUGCACCAUGCCGUCCAUAGAACUGGGUACAGUUGGGGGAGGAACCAACCUGCCACCACAGCAGGCCUGUCUGCAGAUGCUCGGUGUCCAAGGCAGCAGUCCAGAGCAGCCGGGCGAGAACGCCCGUCAGCUGGCCCGGGUCGUUUGUGCCACCGUCCUGGCAGGAGAGCUCUCCCUGUUGGCCGCUCUAGCCUCUGGACAUCUAGUCAAGAGUCACAUGACCCACAACAGAUCUAAAACAAAUGUGUGUGAAUCAACACCGUGACCGUCGGAAACGGCAGUGAGCGGUGUCUUGGAUCUGCGUGGUACAGGACACCAGCACAGGACAUUACUGUGAGCAUCAGCUGGUUCCCCUGAUGAUGUGCUGCAGAUGGAGGUGCUCCAGGUGUUAACCUGUGGAGGAGGAGCGACCAGACAGGAUGUAUCAACUACAUUGUUUGCAAAUGACUUUUUUUUAUUUAUUUUGUGCCACUGCGUCUUCAUCUUGAGGUUGCACUAGGGUAGAAGGAAGUAUUUAGACUGCAGUAAACCACGUCAGCUGGGGCAGUGGGCUCUACCAGACCCUCACUGCUGCAGCCCUGGUUGAAAUGUAGAAACUAUGAAAUGUCUCUCAGUCCGUGUAAGAGGAACAGAAAACUAAAAUUCAAACUGUCUUCCUGACUGAGUGCUAUUAGCACUUAGAGUUCAGGACUCUGGUGAGUCGGCAAGUUCUUUUGAAGUUAUAACAUCAGUCUUAGAACUUCUGACCUUUUGACCUCCUACAAGUCUGGACAGUUUCUUGGCUCUACACCUCAGUUCUCCAUUAUUGGAGGUCUAACCAACCCUCCACUUUCUCAUUAGUAAGUUAUUAAUUAAAAACCUAAGGUAUUGAGGACUCAUUAACAAAAAAGCUUGAUGUAUUUGCCGAAAUACAUCAAUUUUUUAGCCAAUUUUUUUUAAUUGGCUAAAAUCAUGUGUCAGACGACAAUCGUCUGAAUGUUACUGUGUCAGUGAUCUGUUUUAACCACUGUUACGUUCUACACCUGGUAGUUGCACUUUCCUCUGAUCACUGCUUCAGCCUCUCAGUAAAUACACAUGAUGAUACAAAAAACAGCAGUUUGAUACAGCUCCAAAGCUGAUUAUAUAUUUAUUGUGUUUUAAGUGUUAAAUCAUGUUAAUACAAGUGAACAUGAACAAAGGACCUUGGUGAAUUUUAGAGAUGACGUGACAGCACAAAAAUAUUGAGCUGGUGCUGCCACCAUCUGGCUGGGACGACAGAAACGGAGGUUAAAUCAGGAAGCAAUUAGUGUGUAUAUCCUUCUCUGCCCUGUUGGUGGUGCUAAAGCGAUUUCCAUGCCUCAGAUUAUGAGUUGAACAGUUGGUACAGCAAUGUUUUAUUAGGAUCUGAUCCUGUAGAGGCCACACAAUGAAACAGCGGUUGGUGAUCUUGUCUUACAGCAAGAAGGGUCACCAACUGAUGGUGUUGUUUUUCUCCAGUUUAAUCUGAGCUGAAGUGGAGCUACAGUAAUACAAGUUUGACCAUGUUACAGCAAAAUGUGACAACCCCAUUCUGGUGUCGUCAUUUUUAACAUUUGGUUAUGGCUAUAGCUGCAGUGGUGACCACAGGUUUUUAAUAUUUAAUUUUGCACUAAAGCUGCAAUGUUAAGGUGCUGCUGUUUACUGAUGAAGUGGAGACCUUGUGGUUCUCCUGCCAGCAGAGGGCGUCCUGGGGAAACUCAGACUGUUUUGUCUGUGUUUGUUCUCUAAAAGCAAGAGAACUAAAGCCAUAUUACUUAAUUUAUUCAACGCUGAGAUAAACUGGUAAGGUAAUGUGUGCAAUUUUAGAUUUUAUUUAUGUGGUGUGAAAUGGAGCCAGGUUUAAAGCAAAGCAGCUCAGAAGUGGCCUUACAGUGAAGCCGACGUUAGCGUGUCAUAGUUAGAAUAAUCAAUUCUGUAAAUGAUGAACUUGUUUCGUUCAAAGCCUGUAAAUUGUUUAAAUUAAGACAUAAAGAAGUAUUUGUUUCUGUUAA